AUGUCGCAACAAAUAUUGCUCCCUCUAGAGCUUUCAGAACAGAUCAUCGGGAAUAUGCAUCAAACAGAAUUCAUUGGACUCCUGAAGACAUGCCGUGGUCUACGCACCUCCCUGGAGCCGCUGAUGUACAGAUCGAUUUCCGACAAAAGCUUUGGACGACGAACCUGGUCAUUCUGCCCCCCUCUUUUCCUCCUCUUGAGAACGCUUUUGACUAGACCAGAUCUAGGCCAACAUAUCAGACACUUUGGCACACCGGAAAUUCCAUCUUUUGAGCUUAGUCAGCGUCAAAGUCGGCUCAUAUUUGAGAUCACGAGAGCAGGAAUUAUAGGCUUUAACGCCAAGGAGCUGGCACUUCUUCAACAAAGAGCUCGUUCCCUGUCCAUCGAUCUUGAGGGUGUUGCGCUUUGGCGAUCACUUGCUGCUGGUAAUCUGGAGAUACUUAACAGGUUGAUCUUGUCUUUCUGCCUGGACCUCCGAGAGCUCUUUAGCCCUGUGGAUUGCAGGCAGAUGUUAGUUGUUCCAUCAUUGCCAUCCAGGAUCCCCCUGGCCUUGAACUUCUCGGGCAUGUCAAGACUGAAGCAUGUACGAAUUUUAAACCCAAAUCAUCGUGUACGAUGGAACUCAUGUGCAAUCACCUCUCUAUUCGGCCUACCAAUGAUCCAGUCCAUUGAGAUAUCGGUCUGUCCUGGCUCCCAAGACGACACAAUGUGGCCUAAUAUCGAUACACCAACACCUCAAAAGCUAUCCUUAGUCUCUAGCAGCUUGUAUGAGAAGUCCUUGCGAUACAUGGUGCAGUCAGCUUCCAACUUACGCACAUUGAGUCUUGACCUCGUAUGGGAUAACGAUCCCACCAAGGAUUACUUACCGAGCGAAGUCCUAGACUUCGCACGGCUAUCUUCUAUUUUUCAACGAGAGUUGUGCCAGGACUGGAGAACAGCUCCUCUCAAGGUUAGUAGGAUAGCUGUCAACACACUUGAGAGUUUGAUUCUUGUUGUCAAAGCACCGGACCCUUGGACUUCUGGGCGCACGAUUCGGCGCAAAUACACCCAGCCCUGGCACUUACGUGGUACUUGGCAUUAA